AUGCCAUCUGUACUCUUCUGGAACAAUCACCGAUCAUCAAAUUCGCCACUAGCUAAACUUUCGAGCUUCUUUUCAUCUCCUACUACUAUCGCUCCUACUAGUAAUAAGAGCAAGAACAAGCCAUCAAUAUCAUUAUUAUCAUCAUCAUCAUCCCAGCAACAUCAAGAAGGCGGUAUCCGGUCUAUACUGGCACAACCAGAGUAUGUCAAGAUUCAUUGCGACCGUUCCCUCUUUGAUGAGGUUUUGACGAGACAGCAAGUUGACGACGAUGACGCAUUAUUAUGGUGUCUGGCCAAACGGCUCAAGAAGCAACAAGAAGAAGAACAAGAACAUACGCAAUCCAUUUGCUAUGGGAGAGCUAUUCGGAUCUUGAUCUAUUACUUUCGCGCCAGCCAUCAUCAUCAUCAACAUCCAAAGUAUUUCAAGAAAUGUGUCAAUGAUGUCCCUGAACCGUGUUGUCUACCAUUUGACGUUCAGGAAACGGUCAUCGAAAUCCAACACUCUGCUGCCGCUGCCGCUGAAGCUGCUACAAAUACUACCACUGGUAUCCCUCCACCAUCUUCAGGCAACAACAAGUCUAUGAUGUUGACAACCCGGUCGAUGUCUGUGAGCAGCUGUGCAACAAGUAGCAGCUAUGCAUCUUCUACAUCUUCCAGCUGCAGCCAUUGUGGAGUCGAGAAACGUGCUAUGCCCGUGUGUGCACGCUGCAAAGCCCAAGUCUAUUGCAGCAACAAGUGUCGGAUGGCACACCAGCCUAUCCAUCAGCGGGAAUGUAACAGCAACAAAUUAUAA